AAGAAAAUGGGUUUUAUCAAUUGGGUAUUUUUGUUUGGUUUUCUUUUGAGCUCAUUUUUGAGUGUUGAAUCAACCUUAGGCCAAACUUGUCAUCCAGAUGAUUUGUUAGCUUUAAAGGAAUUUGCUGCAAGUUUCAAAAAUGAGUCAGUACUUACAUCUUGGUCAAGUGAUGGCAAUUGUUGUCAUUGGGAUGGUGUUAUUUGUGAAAGUGAGGCCAAAAAUAUGUCAAAAGUGUCAACUAGAGUGACAAUGUUGAGGUUGUCUGCAAAAGGUCUAAAGGGAGUCAUUUCGAGUUCGAUAUCUCGUUUAGAGAAUUUGAAGUCUCUUGAUUUUUCCUUUAAUGAAUUAAAAGGAGAAUUGCCAAAAAAUUUGUCAAAUUUGAAAAAUCUUGAAUUUUUCAAUGUGUCAAAUAAUUAUCUGAGUGGGGAGUUGUUAGGGGUUGGGGAAUUCCCCAAUCUGAUUGCAUUCAACUUGAGCAACAAUUCGUUUUCGGGUGAAUUUAAUUCACAAAUUUGCUCCAAGAACCUUCAGUUUCUUGAUUUAUCAAUGAAUCAUCUUACUGGCAAUCUUGAAGGCUUUAAGAACUGUGGCAAGUCUAUUCAAGAACUGCGUCUUGAUUCGAAUUCAUUUACGGGUGAUCUCCCUGAGUUUGUGUACUCAUUUUCAUCCCUGAAACAUCUGUCUCUUGCUUCCAACAACUUCUCGGGCCAGCUAAGCACGAAACUCAGUAAGCUUUCGAAUCUCGAAUCAUUAGUUAUAUCUGGGAAUCAAUUUGUUGGUCCACUGCCUAAUGUAUUUGGGAACUUAACACAUUUAGAACAGCUUAAUGCACACUCAAAUUCAUUCUUAGGAGAAUUACCUUCCACUAUAGAAGCAUGCUCUAGGCUAAAGAUACUUGAUCUUCGUAACAAUUCGUUAUCGGGUACCUUAGGUAUCGAUUUCUCCAAGUUGACUAAUUUGUGCAUCCUUGAUUUUGGUAGUAAUCAUUUUAAUGGUUUAUUGCCAAGCUCACUUUCUAAGUGCCAUGAUCUGAGAAUCUUGAACCUUGCCAAAAACAAAUUAUAUGGUGAAGUUCCUGUUAGCUACACAAACCUUUCCAACCUUUCGUAUCUUUCUUUUUCUGGCAAUGGGAUCACUAAUUUACCACAUGCUAUAUCGGUUUUACAAAAGUGCAAGAAUCUCAGCACUCUUAUUCUCACCAAAAACUUCCAUGGGGAAGAACUUCCUGUCAGUGUGAACGGGUUUGACCAAUUAAUGGUCUUGGCAAUUGCAAAUUGUGCUCUGAAAGGUCAAAUCCCAAAUUGGUUACUUGGUUGUCCAAAACUAGAAGUUCUCGACUUGUCUUGGAAUCACUUGGACGGUGCCAUCCCUUCUUGGAUUGGUCAAAUGGAGAGGCUCUUUUACUUGGAUAUCUCGAACAAUUCACUUAGUGGUCCACUACCUAAAAGUUUGACCGAAUUGAAGAGCCUCGUUUCUUUGAACUUUAGUUCUUCAAUUCUUGGAUCAGCUACUGGAAUCCCAUUGUACGUCAAGAGAAAUGAUAGUGUUAAAGGUCUUCAGUACAAUCAAGUUUUGAGCUUUCCUCCAUCACUAUAUCUCAGCCACAACAAAAUAAAUGGGACGAUUUUACCAGAAGUUGGGAAGUUAAUACAGCUUCAUGUGUUAGAUUUAAGCAACAACAACUUGUCUGGGACAAUCCCGAGCACGAUUUCAGAGAUGGGAAACUUAGAAGUUCUUGAUUUGUCAUCAAACAAUCUUCAUGGAUCGAUCCCAGCUUCACUGAACAAGCUCUCCUUUCUUUCAAUGUUCCGUGUUGCUAAUAAUCACUUGGAGGGUCCUAUCCCUACAGGAACUCAGUUCUCAGGAUUCCCGAGCUCGAGUUUUGAAGGAAAUUCUGGACUUUGUGGGGAAUCCCUUUCUCCUUGCAGUGUGAAUACAGUUCCACCUAUACGAUCCAAUUCCAGUAGAAAAUUGGGACGGAACAGUAUAUUUGGAAUCGUACUUGGUGUUGGAGCUGGAAUUGCAAUUUUGCUAACAAUCAUAAUCAUAAAAAUGUCGAGAAGGAAACAUGGGCAACUAAUUGGGGAUUUGGAGGAUGAGACUGAUAACAGGACAAAUGGAUUGUCUGGUGUGUUUAAUGCUUCAAAGCUGGUUCUUUUCCCGACAUCUGGUUGCAAGGAUCUCACGGUUACAGACGUAGUAGAAGCAACGAAUAAUUUCAGUCAAUCUAACAUAAUUGGAUGCGGUGGAUUCGGCCUCGUUUACAAAGCCAAUCUUCCAAAUGGGUCAAAAGCAGCUAUCAAGAGACUCUCAGGUGAUUGUGGGCAAAUGGACCGAGAAUUUCAUGCUGAAGUAGAAGCCCUUUCGAGAGCCCAACACAAGAACCUGGUUUCGCUUAAAGGGUAUUGCAAGUAUGGCAAUGACAGACUAUUGAUCUACUCUUACAUGGAAAACGGAAGUUUGGAUUAUUGGCUGCAUGAACGGGUUGAUGAAGAACCACCAUUGAAAUGGCGAACAAGGUUGAAGAUAGCAAAAGGAGCUGCGCAGGGAUUAGCAUAUUUACAUAAUGAGUCCAAAAUAAUCCACCGUGACAUCAAAACAAGCAAUAUCCUACUUGAUGAGAGAUUCAAGGCUCAUUUAGCUGAUUUUGGGCUCUCAAGAUUGUUAUGCCCAUAUGACACACAUGUAACUACUGAUUUAGUAGGAACGUUGGGGUACAUUCCACCCGAAUACGGUCAGACACUUUCUGCAACUUUUAAGGGUGAUGUUUACAGCUUUGGUGUUGUUCUUCUUGAACUCAUUACAGCCAGACGACCAGUUGAAGUUGGUAAGGGGAAGAACUGCAGGGAUUUGGUUUCAUGGGUGUUCCAGAUGAAACUCGAAAGUAGAUAUGCUGAAAUAUUUGAUUUAUUGAUAUGGGAUAAAAGUUGUGAGACUCAAAUGCUGGAAGUUUUGGGCAUAGCUUGCAAAUGUUUGGAUCAGGAUCCUAGAAGGAGACCUUCGAUUGACCAGGUUGUGUUAUGGCUCGAUGGGGUUGCAGAACUAGGCCAUAACCAUAGCCGCAGCAGGUGAUUUCAGAAGAAAGUUUCCGUUGAAUGUUAGUUUCAGGUAUCAAGUAUCAAGUGUAAAGUAAUAAUUAUAGAAGUCUUUCAUUGAAGUUAUAUUAAGUUCAUUAUAUAGUUGUUUUCUUGUUAUAUAGACUGGUUUAUUUGCUGCUAGAUGUAAUAUAGCCUAUAAUGUUCUUUUGUUGUUCUGUAUCAUCUUGUAAAGAGCAUCUUUUAAGUGAAAUACUAAUGUCUUAUCUGUUA